CCUUUUGCACUUUAAGAGAUGAUCUAGCAAUUCAUGGGACCUCGCGGUACCCACGUUGUACUAAGUAUUCAGGCGGUCUUAAUGUUGGUAUCUACUUAUCUAUUGAAUCCUUCAUGUAAAGGUCUAAGGAUUUACCCUCUAGUUUAAGAAUUGAUUGUUUAUAGAAUUCACUCGGAUGCGCGUUAUCCAUGUUCGUUCUUUGAUUAAUCGUGGGUGCUUUUGCUUUAGGAAUAUUUUGAUAAAAUUCGCGUAUUGUUAUUCUGGCUGUUUAAGACUCAGCAAUACAAGCUCAAGAAAAAUAUCAACAUACCGCUCCACUGGGUCCUUGUUGUCGAUUUUAAUAAUAAAAAAGACGACGAUAAAUUGUAAAACGGCACAAAUCAACCACUACAUAGAUUGCCUUUACAGGCCCACUUUCUUUUCAACUAAUAUCGAUCGUUAAGGUUUAAGGAAAACCUUUUCUGAAAUUAUUUUAAUCUAGUUUUCCAUCAAUCAAAUAUCAUUUAGGGCCUACAUGAAAUCAAUACAUGUGUAUGAUAAAAAUCAUAUGUCAAUUCAGGCAAAUGUAUUCCAUGAAUUUUUUGUUUUUCAGUACUAGCAAUAUUUUUUUAUCGGCUGGUUUAUAUAUCCAUUUAUCUAUGUGUUGAUUGAUGUAGGACACCCAGGUCAUUGGUAAAAUUCUGGAUCCGCCACUAGUAAUUGCAUAAUAAUUGCUGUAGGAUACAUGUACAUUUAUUGGUUUAUGCAACAUUUUAAUGACUACCGGUCCGCGAGCUUCCUGAAAAUGAGAGCCCUGUUUUUACGUUUAUAAAGUUAGAGAUAUGAACAGUCUGUAAUGGUUAAGUGUACGGAGCAAAUUCUAAAAGUUAGAUUUAAAUAUCCAGUAAAAAAAAAAACCAUGUUCAUUCCUCCGUGAAGUUCCGCUUACGAACAAUAUAUACAACUGUAUAGGGCCCAGACGAAGAGAUAAAUAUAAGAUUUGCCACGUUGUCAAACAAACUAAACUUAGCAAGACGGAUUUAGCAGAUCAAUAUAGAAUCAUUUGUUACAUAAGGAGGAUUUCAAUCUAAACUAUUGCUUGGUUUUGAACCGGAGCGGUUUGCUCUUUAGUCAUAAGAUAGUUGACCAUGACCGACUUGUUAGUAUUUCAGUUUACGAUUGAUCAGCUGUUUUGUGGAGGAUCUUAUCUACAGACAAUACAAACUUAUUGAUUUCUGGCAGUCAGCAUAAUUUAUCGGGAGAAAAUGCUGCCAUGAAAUACGUGGUUUAACUGAUGGCAGGUGAAAUGAAUGUGAAAGUUUUUGUCUAACUCGAUCUGAUGUAAAUAUUCGCCAUGGAAUUGUCUUCCAAACUAAGUGACGUAUGGGUCACACUUAACCGUAAGAAAAAAGUCACGGAGGAUUUCCACGAGACCCCGCUAAAACGAUGUCUCAGUACUCUGGACUUGACCCUGCUAGGGAUAGGACACAUGAUAGGGGCUGGAAUCUAUGUUCUGACAGGAACUGUCGUCAAAGACCUAGCUGGACCCUCGGCCAUUUUGUCUUACGUGUUCGCAGCAUUUGCUGCCAUAUUGGCCGCACUGUGUUAUGCUGAGUUUGGGGCUAGGGUACCGAAAGCUGGAUCCGCCUAUUCAUACACAUACGUGACGCUCGGAGAGAUAUGGGGGUUCAUAAUUGGAUGGAACAUUUUACUUGAACACCUUCUAGGAGCGUCUUCUGUUGCUAGGGCUUGGAGUGGUGGUCUAGACUCGAUAUUCAAUGGUGCUAUAAAAAAUUCUACACUAAAGCAUGUAGGGUAUCUCAGCCACAACAACGAGUGGAUAUCGGAUUAUCCGGAUUUUGUGGCGUUUGCUGCAACCAUCCUAGUUUUCCUUGUGGUGGCAACUGGUGCAAAAUUUGCUAUGAACUUCAACAAUUUCUUUACAAUCAUUAAUUUAAUCGUGAUAGUGAUCAUCAUUGUUAUGGGGUUCUAUUAUGCCGAUGUAAAGAACUGGUCAGACCACGGUGGAUUUUUUCCACACGGAUUCGGGGGCACAUGGGCAGGGGCUGCCACUUGCUUCUACGCUUAUAUCGGAUUUGAAGGAGUGGCAACUGCUAGCGAAGAAGCCAAAAAUCCCGAGAAAUCUGUACCCAUUGCAACAAUCUUAUCACUGGGAAUCGUCACCGUUUUGUAUGUGCUGGUGACGUGUGUUUUAACCUUGAUGGUUCCAUACACCGAUGUCAACCCAACAGCAGCAUUCCCAUUUGCGUUCGCACAACAAGGCGCAGAAUGGGCGAAAUAUGUCGUGGCGCUGGGUACAUUGUUUGGAAUAACAACCUCCCUGUUAGGGGGUGCAUUUUCUUUACCAAGAGCGGUCUAUUCAAUGGCUUCAGACGGAUUGCUGUUUCAGAUCUUUGCCUACGUUCAUCCCAAAACCCAAACCCCAAUAUGGGGGAUUCUCUGCUUUGGAUUUCUUUCUGCUUUAAUGGCCCUUCUUUUUGAAAUAGAAACUCUUGUAGAGUUUAUGUCUAUUGGAACCAUCCUAGCGUAUACAAUUGUUGCUGUCUCUGUCAUAAUUCUUCGAUAUGCCCCAGUUCAUAAAUGUCAAUUCAAACUAAAACCUCAAGAAGAGGCUCCGAUCGAUGACGUCAGCAUGACUGAAGACAGUGCAAUCAUGAAGAAAUCCAAAAGCCAUGACGACUUUGGCAAACUGAAGGAUCAUUUGAGACAUUUACCAAUAUUGAAAUCCUUUGAUCCCGGAAAUGCAACAAUAUUAGCUAUCUUACUAAUGUUGGCUGCAAUAAUUUGUUUCUGUGCAAUUUUAGUGCCCGGGUACGGGUAUUUGGCAGAAGGUGCUUGGUGGGCUAUUACACUGGAAAUUGUUUUUGGUGCGAUAAUAGUCUUGUGUUUUCUUGUUCUGAUUGCCCAUGAAAAGAACAAUGCCUUCCUUACUUUUCAAAUACCCCUGGUACCACUGAUUCCCUGCCUCAGCAUUUUCUGCAACAUUACCUUGAUGAUGAAGCUUAACUACUUAACCUGGAUACGACUGGCAAUAUGGCUGGCAAUAGGCCUGUUGUUGUAUUUUCUGUACGGGGUUUGGCACAGCCGGGAGCGACAUACUUCCCAGUACGGAGAAAUUGUGGGCUACACAGGGGACGCUAGUAUUUCAUGUAGCACCAUCAGCAAAAUGGAGGAGGAAAUCAUAGAACAACAGCCUAAACGUACCGAAGGCGAACAAGUCCAUAUAGGCGUGGGAGUCGACGAUUUGUGAUUAGCUUAUGGUGUAGUUGUAGUAUUUUAAUCAAUAAGAAAAAGAACGAGACAUUUGUUAAAGGGUAUCUGUAUUCGAUUAUCCAAAACUGACAUAAGAGGGAACUGGUAGGGGAUCAACAUACACACACUGCACGUAUUUUCAUAGGGAGUCGCACUUUUGGCAAGAUAAAAAACAACCGUCUUUAAAAAAAGAUAAUGCUCAAAAUCAUAAAUAGGGCAAUCCUUCAGUGCAUGAAUUUAAUUCAUAGGUUGAAGCUAACAUUUCCACUACCUUUUAGUAAUUGUCAUUUUAAAAAGUAGGAAGGGGGCAACCAGCCGGCGAAUCAAACUUUGCAUGUAAAUGUAUAUUAUAAUGUAAUACCCUUUGCAUGUAAAAUAAGUUAAAUGACGGAAAAGUACAUUGUCCAAAACAAAAAAGGGGGAAGGCACACACCCUACGUGCCUGAUUUAGCCGAGGAGACUUAGUUGAAAUGAUAUUGGGUUUCCUUGCUGGUUGUACAAUUUACUUUUGGUCAAUUUCUAAUCUUGAACGAAGAAAUGACAAUUUAAACUCUACCAAAGUCAAUGGACAAUUCAAUUUCAAAAUAUCGUCAUAUAAGAAUUGCAUUGUCAGGGGUAUGAAUAGAUACAUGUAUGUUGAAUCCUAACCUAUGGUUAAACGUGGAGUAUGAAUAAAUUGUUACAUCAAUCACCUGUAAUUAUGUAAAUUGUAAAUGAUAGAAGGAUAUCGAACAAAUCGCUCCAGUCUACAGUACAUUUCUUGUGAGAACACUUCGUACGUAAUUAUUUCGAGAUAACUCUGUCCUCACUAAGUGCAAAAAUGUAAUAACUCAUUUUUAUUCAUAAAUCAUUAUGGUAUACACUUGACAAAUUCCAGCUGGGGAGCCCCCCCCCCCCCCCCCCCCCCCUUAGAUCCCCGCGCAUGACAUGUCUCUACAAUCUACAUUAUUGUGGAGACCAUGUUUAAGUAUGUCGGUAUAGUGGUAAAUUGAAUUAGUGAGUAGUUUUAGGUUGCACAGCUCCAUCAAGCUGUCUCGGGAAAUAUGGAUUAUCCAAUCUUCGUGACGUGUAUAAUAGGACUGGUAAUUCACAUUUAGACCGUAAGUCCUCUUUUGGGGGAUUUCUCCAUGCAAUCUCCAAUUUGCUUGCAAAAUCACGAAAGUUGGAAAUUGCAAACAAACUAGCUCAGAGAUUUCUAGUAUCUACAAGCACCAGUUGUGUGCUCAGAAGUAUCUGGUGAAUACACAACAAGAAUCCUGAACUUCUGACCUGUUGACAUCAAUAACAUGAUACAGCAUUGUGUUUUAGCCUUUCUUUUAUACAAUAGAAAUAUUUAUAAUUGAAUGCUGUUCGUUUGAUAUGGGCCAUUAUGCUGUUUCUUUAUGUGUAUCUGGAUUUAUAACAGCACCGACUUUUCAUUUUCACAUGAAAUAUAAACAAAUGAUGUCUAGUUCGUCCCUCAUCAACAAUGAAGCGUGGUGUGAGUUCUACGAGGAAUUUGUACAAUAAGUACGAGGGCGAGUCAAUAAGUAACCAGCCUAACUUAUUUCCGGUUGAGAUCCACCUCUUCUUUUUCGAUGUAAUUGCCCUCUAGUGUGAUGCACUUAGACCAUUAGUCGUAGUUAUUAUACAAAUUACUCUGGCUAUCCUUCCGUUGUUUUCAUGUCUAUAGAUAAAUCCACACCUAUAUCUACAGUCUAUACAUAAAUCCACACCUAUAUCUACAGUCUAUAUAUAAAUCCACACAUUAUAUCUACAAUCCAUUGACCAGUACCAAUUACAGUAUAUCGUCGGUAUUUCAUUGUAUCAUUAAUGACUGUUGGUUAUGGCCUGACUUCUGUAUAAAAUGACGUAUUCGCCAAAUGUUAACUUGUUGUUUUAGAAUAUUAUUUCAGAGAUAUAUCUUUAUUGCUGUUGUCUUUGAAUAAAAGAAGCAAAUGUU